AUAGGCAAAGCACCUAGUCGGCACGAAAACAAAGCUGAUCAGCUCAGCUGCCUAAGGAGCACACGUACUGGCCAUUGCCUCCAGUUCCAGUAUGGCUGCGGUAGUCACUCGCCGGGCCAAUGCCCGUGUGGAGGCCCUGGACGCCGACGCCGAGAGCGGAGUGCACGGCCGCACAACGGCUGACUCGCCGGUGGCCAAGCGGGUCAUCGACGCCAAGGACGACGUGUGGGUCGCCGCCGACGAGGGAGGAGACAUGUACUCCGGGACCGACGCCAGCCGGCCGAUCUUGUUCCGGACCAUGAAGGUCAAGGGCAGCAUCCUUCAUCCUUACAGGUUCUUCAUUCUCGUGCGGUUGGUGGCCAUCGUGGCCUUCUUCGCGUGGCGGAUCGAGCACCGGAACCGGGACGGCGUGUGGCUCUGGGCCACGUCCAUGGUGGCCGACGUCUGGUUCGGCUUCUCCUGGCUCCUCAACCAGCUCCCAAAACUCAACCCUGUCAAACGCGUCCCGGACCUCGCCGCACUCGCCGACUCCUCCUCCGGCUCCGACGACAACCUCCCGGGCAUCGACAUCUUCGUCACCACCGUCGACCCCGUGGACGAGCCCAUCCUCUACACCGUCAACACCAUCCUCUCCAUCCUGGCCACCGACUACCCCGUCGACAAGUACGCCUGCUACCUCUCCGACGACGGCGCCACGCUGGUGCACUACGAGGCCAUGCUCGAGGUCGCCAACUUCGCCGUUCUCUGGGUCCCGUUCUGCCGGAAGCACUGCGUCGAGCCCAGGGCACCCGAGAGCUAUUUCGGGAUGAAGACGCAGCCGUAUAUUGGGGGUAUGGCUGGGGAAUUCAUGAAGGAUCAUAGGAGAGUGAGAAGGGAAUAUGAUGAGUUCAAGGUGAGGAUUGACUCCCUUUCUAGCACCAUUCGACAACGAUCCGAUGCGUACAAUAACUCGGGCAACAAAGGACCUGGUCUUGUACGUGCGACUUGGAUGGCUGACGGGACGCCGUGGCCCGGCACAUGGAUUGAGCAAGCUGAGAACCACCGAAAGGGACAGCACGCUGGGAUUGUUCAGGUCAUACUAAACCAUCCAAGCCGUAAACCACAAUUGGGAUCACCAGCCAGCAAAGACAGUCCAAUCGACUUCAGCAACGUCGACACGAGGAUCCCCAUGCUCGUCUACAUGUCCCGGGAGAAGCGCCCCGGCUACAACCACCAAAAGAAGGCCGGCGCCAUGAACGUGAUGCUCCGCGUCUCCGCGUUGCUCUCCAACGCGCCAUUCGUCGUCAACUUCGACUGCGACCACUACAUCAACAACAACCAGGCUCUCCGUGCCCCGAUGUGCUUCAUGCUCGACCCGCGCGAUGGACAGAACACGGCCUUCGUCCAGUUCCCGCAGCGCUUCGACGACGUGGACCCAACGGACCGCUACGCCAACCACAACCGCGUCUUCUUCGACGGCACCAUGCUCUCCCUCAACGGCCUCCAGGGCCCCUCCUACCUCGGCACGGGCACCAUGUUCCGCCGUGUCGCGCUCUACGGUAUGGAGCCGCCACGCUGGAGAGCCGACAGCAUCAAGCUCGCAGGCAAGUCACACGACUUCGGUACCUCGACGUCGCUGAUAAACUCGAUGCCGGAUGGCGCCAUCCAAGAGCGGUCUAUCACACCGGUGGUUGUCGACGAGCCACUCGCCAACGAGCUGGCCGUCCUGAUGACGUGUGCUUACGAGGACGGGACCUCGUGGGGCCGAGAUGUCGGAUGGGUGUACAACAUCGCGACGGAGGACGUGGUGACCGGGUUCCGCAUGCACAGGCAAGGGUGGCGCUCCAUGUACUGCUCCAUGGAGCCCGCCGCGUUCCGUGGCACAGCCCCAAUCAACCUCACGGAGCGCCUCUUACAGGUGCUCCGCUGGUCGGGGGGAUCCCUGGAGAUGUUCUUCUCCCACAGCAACGCGCUCCUCGCGGGCCGCCGGCUCCACCCUCUGCAGCGGGUGGCCUACCUCAACAUGUCCACCUACCCGAUCGUGACGGUGUUCAUCUUUGCGUACAACCUCUUCCCGGUCAUGUGGCUCGUCUCGGAGCAAUUCUACAUCCAGAGGCCCUUCGGAACCUACAUCGUGUACCUCGCCGCGGUGAUCUCCAUCAUCCACGUCAUCGGCAUGUUCGAGGUGAAGUGGGCCGGGAUCACGUUGUUGGACUGGUGCCGCAACGAGCAGUUCUACAUGAUCGGGGCCACGGGCGUGUACCCGACGGCGGUGCUGUACAUGGCGAUGAAGCUGGUGACCGGGAAGGGGAUAUACUUCCGGCUCACGUCCAAGCAGUCAGACGCAUGCUCCGACGACAAGUUCGCGGACCUUUACACUGUCAGGUGGGUCCCAUUGCUGAUCCCGACCAUCGUCGUGCUUGUGGUGAACGUCGCGGCGGUCGGGACGGCGGUGGGCAAGGCGGUGGCGUGGGGGGUUUUCACGGACCAGGCGCAGCACGCGAUGCUCGGGAUGGUGUUCAACGUGUGGAUCCUCGUGCUCCUCUACCCGUUCGCGCUUGGGAUCAUGGGGCGGUGGGGCAAGAGGCCCGCCCUGCUGUUCGUCAUGCUGGUCAUGGCCAUUGGCGCCGUGGCGCUCCUGUAUAUCAUGCUCCAUGGAGCACGGUACCCAUCAGAAUUGUCAGAAGUUGCGGCUUCUCUUGGUAAAGCAUCGCUGACCGGGCCAUCUGGGUAGACGGCCGGAGAGAGAGAGAGACACAGCUCAUUUUUUUACAACGACGUACGAUCGCUGGGACUCGGUCCGAUUAUUUGUGUGUUUUAUUUACUCAUGUCUCUGUAACAUGAGAAUUUAGUCGCUGUACAUGCAUCAACUACUCCUGUACCCUGCUCGAUUAUAAGACCAUUUCUUUUGCCAUGGA